AUGUGGAAAGCAGCAACGGACGUUGCUCCCCCAGCGAUGCCUGAGGCGGAUGAUUGGGAGACAGACCCAGACUUCGUGAAUGAUGUCACGGAACAUGAACAACGAUGGGGACCGGGAGGACGAAAUGUGGAGGCUAUCGAUAUGGCGAAGCUAAGAGAGGAAGUACUGGAAGCUGACUCUCAGAUAAAGAAGAAGCAGUAUGAAGCUGGACCCAAACCUUCUUUCGGUUACGGAGGUAAAUUCGGCGUACAAGAGGACCGCAUGGACAAGUCCGCGGUCGGACACGACUAUGUCGGCAAGACUGAGAAACAUGUCUCGCAGAAGGAUUAUGCACAAGGUUUCGGUGGCAAAUAUGGCGUGCAAGCGGACCGCAUGGACAAGUCAGCUGUAGGUCACGAUUACGUCGCGAAGGUGGAGAAGCAUGUCUCGCAAACUGACUACGCGCAGGGCUUCGGGGGGAAGUAUGGGGUGCAGACUGAUAGAGUUGAUAAGAGCGCGGCCGGUUGGGAGCACAAAGAACAAGUAGAGAAGCACUCCUCCCAGAAGGACUACUCGCACGGCUUCGGAGGGAAGUUCGGAGUGCAAGCUGACAGGAAGGAUGCAUCCGCUGUAGGAUGGGACCAUAGGGAGGACUCACAGCACCAUCAGUCGCAGAAAGACUACGCGAUCGGUUUCGGAGGUAAGUACGGCGUGCAGACGGAUAGACAGGACGCGUCCGCAGUGGGCUGGGACCAUCAGGAGAAGACACAGGCACAUGCUAGUCAAGUCGAUCAUAAAAAGGGUUUCGGAGGUAAAUUCGGAGUGGAGACUGACAGGGUGGACAAGUCAGCUCAUCGGUUCGAUGAAGUGGAGAAAGUCGGCACCAACUAUACCAAGCAGAAGCCGGACAUUGGCGGCGCCAAGCCAUCCUCGCUAAGGGCCAAGUUUGAAAAUAUGGCUAAGGAAAAGGAACAGGAAGCGCUACAGUCUGUACAGAGGAUAAGGCAACAAAGAGAGGCCAUGGACAAAGACUUAUCACAGAAGGAAAAAGUCCGAGUAGACAAAGAGAAGGCAGACGAGCCCGAACCGGACACAGAACCCGCGCCCCCCGCCAAGGUGCCGGGCAAGCUCGCCAACAGACAGCCUGUACUACCCACUGCGUCGCCUGAACCUGUCCAGCCUCCCUCACCUACUGUGCAGAAGGCAAUGCCAGAGGCCCCAGCUAGUGUAGCUGCGCCUACGUCGGCGGAAGUGACGUCACCCACAGACAAACAGCCUAACUUGCCAGACGUCACGCUUGUAGGGGAACCCAAGGAGGAUAAGGAAGAGAUGAGUCGCCAACCAACAAUAGUGGUGUCUCCAGUAGGAUGGGAGAGUGAGAUGUCGGGAGAGGGAGAGUUAGAGGCCGAGGACGAGGACGGAUACACGGCGCGAGCUCUGUAUGACUACCAGGCAGCCGCGCCUGACGAGAUCUCAUUCGACCCCGAUGAUAUUAUUACUAAUAUUGUAAUGAUCGACGAGGGCUGGUGGCAAGGGCUCUGCAAGGGCGCUUACGGACUGUUCCCAGCCAACUAUGUGCAACUGCAAGACAAGUGA